AUGACCUGUUCCCUGAUAGAGCUCAAGGCAGUGGCCUCAGUGGCGAUCGACAACCACAAGGCGGCGCUGUUCGAAGUGAGCGACGAGAUAUGGCGAAACCCAGAGCUCGGGUUCCAGGAGACGCGAGCACACGCGGCUCUCACUGCGUUCCUGGAAAGGCACGGCUUUGUGGUGGAGAGGAGCUUCUCUGGCCUCAAGACCGCCUUUAGAGCCACCUUUGGAGAGGGACGGCCGAACAUGUGCGUCAUCUGUGAGUACGAUGCUCUGCCCGAGAUCGGACACGCGUGCGGGCACAACUUGAUCGCAGAGGCAGGCCUGGCUGCCGGACUUGGGGUGAAGGCGGCGCUGGACAAUAGCGGAGCUCCGGCUGGGAUGGUGACAGUACUGGGGACCCCGGCGGAGGAGGGCGGCGGAGGGAAACAACUGCUGAUCGACAGCGGAGCCUUCGAGGACGUGGACGUGGCCAUGAUGGUACACCCAUCACCCGUCACGGCUCUCAUGCCCAGGUUUCUAGCCGUGUCAUUUCUCAAGGUGGAGUUCAGUGGGAAAGCUGCCCACGCUGCAGCCAGUCCCUGGGAGGGGUUCAACGCUCUGGACGCUGCAGUGAUGGCCUACAACUCUGUCUCUGUGCUCAGACAGCAGAUGAAACCAGACUGGAGGGUCCACGGAAUAAUCUCCAAUGGUGGGGCCAAACCUAACAUCAUUCCCGAGAAGGCCGUUAUGGAGUACAUGGUCCGUACUCCAGAGAGAAUAGACCUAAAGCUGCUACUUGGCCGCGUGCGGGCGUGUUUCGAGGCAGCCGCUCAAGCCACGGGCUGCCAGGUUGAAAUCACCAACAGCGCUCCGUCGUACGAUAAUCUAGUCAGCAACGAAGUCCUAGCCAGUCUGUUUGCCGAGAACCUCAAAUUCUUCAACGUCCCCUUCACCAAGACCACCACGUCCAGUGGCUCUACUGACAUGGGCAAUGUGUCUCACCUGGUUCCCUCCAUCCACCCCAAGUAUGCCAUAGCCUCGUCCUCUGCUAGGUCCAGUAGGGAAUCGAUACACACUCGGAGUUUCACAAAUCUCACCAACACCCCCACCUCCCACGAGUCCACUCUCACCAUGGCCAAAUGUAUGGCCCACACCUGUCUCGAUGUACUCGCCUCUGAGAAAGUCCUUCAAGAAGUGAAAGACUCUUUUGAGUUUGACACCGGGACAGCAGUAUAA